AUGGUAUCCAAAGGCAAUGAGCCUGCCGAGGCAGCAUCAGCUCCAAACCAAACAAUCAUAGACUCGUCCGAUCCCAAGCUUGAGCUGUCCGAAGCACCGCCCAGGGGCCUCAUGGAAGCAGUCAAAUUCAAACCUCGUGGUAGCCAUAGUCGUUCAGACUCCGAAUCAAGCCAUCAAUCUUCUGGUUUCGACCAUGAGCGCUCAUCACAAGAUGAUGAUGAUAUCGACAACACCCCAGCAACCUCCUAUGGUGGCUUUCUCUCCACCCGCAGUGACAUCUCUGCUGGUCCAAAGUCUGACUCGAGUCAUCUCUCCAACGUCAUGCUUCUCAACAGUGGUCUGUCAGUAGCUUCUGAGGAUCCGCAAAGGAAGGAAGAGCUCCGACAAGAAGUCGAGGCUCUUUUCGACAAGUUCCUUCCCGACUUUCAGGCCCAGCAGGAUGAGGACGACAGGUCCCACCAAGAGACUGAGCCCACUUUGCUCAGUCGAAACUUGCCAGCCAUCCUGUCCGAGUUCGAGCGACAAAGGGAGCAUCCACUCAUCGAUCCGAGGGUCUUCAGCCAGCUUGAAGUGUUUGCAGACGCGAACCCAGAAGUGCCCAUCUCUUCCAGCACGCUCGUCGACCUCAUUCACGCCUUGGAGUCCAGCGCACAAUCCGUCAUCUCCGACGACAUGGCACCUCACACACCUUCAUUGAUGGGCGGAGAACUGUCGCAUAGCACUGGCAACGACUCAACACCUCAAGCCGCUACAGAUGAUCUUGCCGACCUGAGUCAGGACGAGCUUCUCAUCAGGGAUACGGAAGGCAGUCGCGACUCUUCUAGAGAGUUGAGUGCCGAAGCUGCCAUCAUUAUCAAUCUCAAAGAGGAUCUGCGCAUGGAGCGUGACAAGAACGAUGCCCUUCAGCAGACCCUCUCUGACAAGGAGAGGCGCGUUAACACACUCGAACACAAGCUCUCCACCGCCCAAGAACAGUACGAGGAAAUGGUGUUGGAGGAACAAGCCAAGCUCGAGGAGCUUCACAAGCAAAUUCAGACGCUUCGCCGCGAAGAAAAAGAGAACCGCACUAAGCAGCACGAGCUCCAGGAGCAGAAUAAUGCCUACGAGUCGCAGUUGACGGCACUCAACGCCCAGAUCGAGACUUCUGAGAAGGCCAAUGUCAGGCUUCGAAGGGAUCUAGAAGAGGAGACGAGCCAGCUGAUCAAGGCGAAAGCUGACCUCGAUCGUCGCGUCAAAGAGUCCAAGGAACUGUCCGAGUACCUGGUCGAGUGCGAGCAAGCCAAAGAUGAAGCCGAGAAGACGCAGAUCCGGUUGCGUCAGGAGCUCGAAAAGGUUCAAGCCGAAGCUACCAAACUUCAAGGCUACAAGGAAGAGACCGAGGAGCUCCGCACCACAGUAGAUAAGCUCGAAAUGGAGCUUGACGAGGUUCGCCGGCUCACCAGCUUGCACAGUAAAGAGUCGUCAAUGCAGCAGCACAGUAAUCCUGGUACCAUCACUAGGCGCCUGGGCAACGAGCUCGCUCGAAGCAUGGGAAUGGACGGCAACAGCUCCGGAGAAGAGACACGGGUCGAGGACAAGGAUGCCAACACCAGCAACGUCGAUGACUAUAUCGAGACUGUCAUCCAGCGACGACGAAGAAGAGUAGGCAAAGCGCGUAAGUCGGUCGUGAUGGUCACACAGUCCAUUCAGACCGAUGCACCAGAAGAGCAAGCCGUUGCAGAGCCUGCUGUCGACAGUACCAUUGAGCCUGCUCCUACAGACAGCUCGUCCUCUACUCGCACCAAGGUGGCCACCCUGUCGACAUCGAUGCACACCUUGGUCGAGUCUUUCUCCGCUGCUUUGACUGCGAAAAGCACAUCCAUCAUGGCCAUGCCCCUCGCCAUCGGUCUAGCCUUAGGCUUGCUGCUUAACACAUCUCGCGACAUCUACCACAUCAACCACCAGACCCUUGACGCAAACGAGUUCAGAAAACUCAACUACCUUCCAACCGCCAUCCAGAACUACUACUAUGACGGUCGCUAUCCGAAAGCAGUUGUCGGCAGCAACUUUGUCGACGACUACAUCGGCCCAGUCCUCGAUGCUCUACUGGCGCUCGUCGGUCUCGGCAAUCCCUCAAGAUCGAUGCCUGGAGGUGUUGUAUACUAG